AUGGCAUACCGGGAGACUGUAGAGCUUUGCGGGGCGAUACCCGCGGGAGCAGUCAUCGGCAAGAAAGCUUGCAAUGUAAAAUGGAUCUCGCAACAGUCAGGGGGCGCCCGGCUAAUUGUGAACGCCGAGGAGGACAACGUGGUGGUUUCGGCACGGAGCCGCGGCGCAGUGGAUGCCGCCGUACGACUGCUGCGUGCACAGAUCGAGGCCAAUAAACGACUGGGUACGUACGGCAGUUGGGUGUUUGCGCCAGCCUUGCCUAUGGGCAUCCCAUGCGAGUGGACGAUGUACUGCUGGAGGGCGACUUCGGGACCGACCCGCGGGUCCGUUUUCUUCCUGCAGGAGUCGGGCACGGGUGGCACCGGGCGCAUCAACACAGGCGCUUUCUACACAGGCGCUAUGUACACCGCCGCCACCGGACUCGACAACGGCGUGUUGGCGGCGACCCUGGAGGAUGCGGCACUUAAGGCGGCGCGCAAGACGCCGCGAUUUGACGUCCUGAAGAUGAGGUUCAACCUCGGAAAACAGUAUUUUUAUAACUUGGAUGGCCUGGCCAAGAUGCAGAACUUGACUCUGGACGACAUCAAGGGUCUCAAAAAUAGCCCAAGCAAGUCUAAUUCCGUGUUCAGCAACUACGUUCCCGCCUCCACCGUCCCGCGGGUCACUUCCUGGCUCACGGACGUGUUGGGCUUCUCCCUGACGGACACCAAGACCACCGCCACCCUGCACGUCAUUGAUGCAGAGCUCAAUGUGCAGUACACGGUGGCACUCACGUUGCCAUACGAAGAUGAGGAUGAGGAGGCGGGAUGCUACAUGGUCAAGCUCCAGGGGGGCCGGAGGGAGGGCCUGGACCUCCGGAUGAAGUUGCUGGGGCAGCGUAGGGAGCUGGAGGACCGCGCUUCAGGUCGCCCUCUGCGCCUCAAACUUAGUGUGGUGGAGGUGGAGGAAAACACGGGCGGGAAGCACACGGAGAUCACAGGUACAGUUCCGGAGCUGGACUCGCAGCUGGCGCAGUUGCUGCAGGAGGCUCCCGAAGGCAGCGGCAGUGGCAGCGAUGUCGACAGCGAGUGCGAGCCUGCAGGUACUCGGAGCGCGGCGGCUGAGACAUACAAACAUACUUCCCGCGACGUUACGUGCGACGUGCUCGGGGGACGAGAAGGCGGCAAAAUGCCUGCGGUGUCGAUGAUGAUGAUGUCAGUAAUGCACACACAAACACAAAAAAACCAGCACGCGCACUGCCACCGCAAGACUGCAUGA